AUGAGGACCACUCGCACAUCCGAUUUUGAAGAGGAGAUGCUGGAACGUAUUGCAGCAGACCCCACUGCAUGUGGAAUGGGCACUACACAUACUAGUGUGUGGCGCAAGACGUUCUGCGAGCUGGUGCGCGUGUCGGCGGCGGUGGCGGGCAUCGAGUUCUCGUACGCGGCCGAGACGGCGUUCGUGUCGCCGACGCUGCUGCAGAUCGGCGUGGCACACCGCCUGAUGACGCUGGCCUGGGCGCUCAGCCCGCUGGUCGGCUUUUUCGUGACGCCGCUGUUGGGGUCGCUGUCGGACCGCUGCCGCCUGCCCUGGGGCCGCCGCAGGCCCUUCAUCGCGCUGCUCGCCGCCGGCGUCCUGCUCGGGCUGAUCCUGGUGCCCAAUGGGGCGGACAUCGGGUACGCCCUGGGCGACCCCCGGCCCGCGCCGUCGCCCAGCCCCCCUGGAGCGCUGAACGCGACUCCCCCACUAGAGAUGGUCACACCCUCAGAGUGGCAGGCUACCAACGCCAGCCUGGCGCCCGGACUCUCCACCACGGAGAGCCCCGCAGGGCUGGCCAACGAGUCGUCGGUGGUGUCACGCAAGCCGCAGUCCAGCCACCCCUGGGGCGUCGUCUUCACCAUCCUGGGCACCGUCUUGCUCGACUUCGACGCCGAUGCCUGUCAGAGCCCUGCCAGGGCCUACCUGCUGGACGUCACCGUACCAGAGGACCACGCGCGGGGACUCAGCACGUUCACCAUCAUGGCCGGCCUGGGCGGCUUCAUGGGCUACGCCCUGGGCGGCAUCAACUGGGACGCCACCUUCAUCGGCCGCGUGCUGGGUGGACACGUGCGGGCAGUCUUCACGCUGAUCACAUUCAUCUUCGUGGCGUGCGUCACGUACACCGUGACCAGCUUCCGGGAGAUACCGCUGGACGUGCUGGAGGCGGACGAGGCUCGUCAGCAGCUGCACAGCCAACAGAACCAGCAGGGGAAGCCGGACAGCGCCGAGUACACAAAGAUAUCCACGGAGGCGUCGGUGAAUGGCUACGGAUACGGCAGCGUGUCGCCGGACUACGCUAACCAGGUUGACGGCCCGCCAGACAGGGCGGAGUACCGGCCCAUCGCGGGCACGGACUCUCCGCUGCACGGCAACGGCUAUGUCAACUUCGGCUACGACGAGAGCUACCACAAGCCGCCGCCCCCGCAGCCGCUGCCGCUUAAUCUUAGGUCCAGUACUGUUUCUCAUAAAAUGUACCUCCACCAGGGGCGUUCGGAGGUGAGCCCGCCACUGGUGACAGCACACGCGACGCCCUCGCUGGGACAGUACCUGAUGUCCAUCGUGUGGAUGCCCGGCUCUCUGCGCGUGCUCUGCCUGACCAACCUCUUCUGUUGGAUGGCCCACGUCUGCUACUCCCUCUACUUCACGGACUUCGUCGGCGAGGCCGUCUUUGGCGGCGACCCUCAGGCGGAGGACGGCACGAAGGCGCGCCAGCUGUACGAGGAGGGCGUGCGCUUCGGCUGCUGGGGGAUGUCCAUGUACUCGCUGUCCUGCGCCUGCUACUCCUUCAUCAUCGAGAGGCUUAUCAACAGGUUCAGGGCGCGCAAGGUGUACGUGGGCGGGCUGCUCUUCUACAGCGCCGGCAUGGCGCUCAUGGCGCUGACCAAGGGCCGCGUGGGCGUCAUCCUCUUCUCGUGGACGGCCGGCGUCAUGUACUCGACGCUCUUCACCAUGCCCUACCUGCUGGUCGCCCACUACCACGCCUCCGGCACGUUCUCGGUGUCGGCGACGGGGGAGGCGCUGCCGGGGUCCCAUGUGCGCGGCCUGGGCACCGACGUGGCCAUCGUCAGCUCCAUGGUGUUCCUGGCGCAGUUCGCGCUCUCCAUGUGCAUGGGCGCCAUCGUGAGCGCGGCCGGCACCACCACCGCCGUGGCGGCCGUCGCCUCGUUCCUCGCGCUCUGCGGCGCCGUCUGCGCCUCGCAGGUGAUGUACCUCGACCUGUAG